AUGGCGCCGGUCAUGCUCGAGCAGGCCGGCGGCGGCGCUACUGGACGGUCCGGGCUCGACACUGGCACUGACAUCGCCACUGGCGCAACGGCCACGACGGAUCUGGACCCCAAAGGCCGCAACUGGUGGCGCAUGACAUCAGCGCAAGGCACCAGAUCCCGCCAACAAGAUGCAGAUCGGGCUUCCAGACCUGACGACCUUCUUCAGCAGCAGCAGCAGCAGCAACAACAACAGAGUCUACACAAAAACAAACCGACGCACAGUUGGCGAAAGCUUGUAGACGUCGCGAGUGACAGAUCGUGGUUGUCGAAAUACCAAGUCCAGCGCUCAGACGGAAGCAUAGUCAUCCCCACGCGACGUUCGUCCCGAAACGAGCACGUCAGGAGAGGUCGUGAGAAGGAGCCGCGCUAUCCUUUCUCUCCCAAUUGGAUUCCCGCUUGGAACUUUCGUCCUCGCGACGACGCACACACCCUCGAGGGGGAAGCUGGGCCGACGAGGGAGGAGAUAGAGGCCGCAAAACGUAUCCUGGAACGCUUCCCCAUGGCCGGCUCGCAGCGCCCUGUGACCAGGUCGUCGCACAAUGGCGGACAACGCAAUGCGCCCAGGCAGCGACACUCGAUGAUACAGACGGGUGAAGAUGUCACCGUUCUCCAGCGAAUGUCCGCGACACCCCCUCCCAUCGUCAGACAGAGACUUGUGAUUCGCGACGACUCUUUCGAGGAAAGCUUCAGCGACGACGACCAAGACAUAGACAUGAACAUGAACACGAGCAGGAAUACCAGAAGACCCUCUGCAGACCAAGGCAGGCUUCGUGGGCUGAUAAAAUCGGAAUCUAGCCUGCGAGAUCGACGACUGAGCUUGCAGAGUACAGAAACACAAAGGAGGAUUGACCACCCAAGUCUCCCGCCACUGCGCGAGAUCAGCUUCAACAGUGAGAAUACAAAUGGAAACGGUAUUCACAGCAGGGGUAGCGAGCGAUCACCGGUCCUGGACCAUAUACGCCUGUACGAAGAUGCACCGACCGACAACAUCCUACCCCUGACGAGGCCCGAUUACCACCCACCCGACUCUCCUGAAGACCUCAAUGGCUUCCGCCCAGACUCGCCGCACGACUUUGAUAACUUUGAUGGAUGCUACAUUGACAACUUUUACAGCGAGGGCCAACCCGGCCUGCCGCGAGGCGACAUCCCCCGUCGCAAGAGCUCCUUCAAGGGAACGCAGAAAGCGAGCAGCAAAAAGGGCAGUUUUCAGGAGCGUCUAAACAGCGCGCAAAGUGGCCAGCGACAGCCCAAUGUGCUCCGUCGGAGGAGGCACAGCGACGAGCUGGGUGACGUCCGUCGCGGAGGAUCUACCAAGUCCAAGGAGUCGGACGGUCAGCACAGCGUCGCUACUAGCGGUUCGGCGCGGAUGCCCGACUUUUUUGGGCCCAACAUCUACCAGGUUGUGCUGCAGGAUCCAAUAACUGCUCAUCAACUGCUCAAAUUUAGCGAGAGCAGAUUAUGCGGAGAGAAUCUUGAGUUCCUUCAGAAAGUUGACAACUAUCAUCGCUUAAUGAACGAACUCGUCGAUACCGUCUCAUCAAUCCAGAAGGACUACGUGUCAGACAGCUCCCCGAGGCAGGUCAACCUGCAAGGAGCCGUACUGAACAGGCUUGACGGCGACAUGCGUGCCCUCAUGUCCCAGACACUCCCGCAGAUGCAGAGAAUGUUCACCGGAGCUCAGAAGGGCGUGGAGGACCUCAUCUAUGCCGGCGUCUACCCGGCCUUUGUUCGACACCAGCUUGCCCUGUCCGCAAGCCGGGCGCUAGCCUGCGACCGUACACGAUACCAGGGAUUGGGUGACUCGUUCACGAUGACCGACCCUCGGCUGGCUGACAACCCUAUCAUCUUUGCCAGCGACGGUUUUGCGUCACUGACCGGCCAUCCGCUGAGCGACAUUAUCUCCAAGAACUGCCGAGUUCUGCAGGGCAAGCAGACGGACAAGCAGGCUGUUGCCAGGAUCAGAGCUGCGGUCAGGGAGGAGACGGAGGUUGUAGAGCUGGUUCUCAACUACAAGAAGAAUGGUGACCCUUUCUGGAACCUUCUUUAUAUUGCACCUCUCUUUGACGAACAAGGACAGCUGGCAUUCUUCAUCGGCGGACAGGUUAACUGCUCAACGACGAUCCACAGCAGCGCCGACGUGAUGCGCGUGCUCUCAAUGUCCUCUGACCCCUCCGAGACCGACGCCAAAGAAUCGCCCGCCAAGCCGGGCGAGACGACGGCAAAGCUGCCGCAGGCCACACCUCAGCCACCGCCCCCGCGCAAGUCGAGCGCCCGCAAGGUCCUGCUCAAGGCCUUUGGCGUGCGGACCCAGGACGAAAACGAGCCGAGUGCGCAGGCGGUGCCGGCCAUGGCCGUCGCCGGGAUGGGAAAGAAGCUAUUGAGCAAGAUGGAGGGGCAGGAUAUCGGCACCCAGAUGAGGGAGUUUUAUUCUUCCUAUUCCAAGUACCUCGUAGUCGACGCAACCUUCAAGAUCCGCUUCCACAGCGACGGCAUACUGACGAUGCUGCACCCGGCCAACAACGUCGGCGAGCUGGCGGGGACCGACAUCUUCCACUUCCUGCGGCAGAACACGCUCACCUCAUCCUCGGCCAGCGGCAACGGCCACGGCCACGGGGCGCACACCGGCGCCGGCGCCACCCUGCCGUCGCCCGUGGCGUACAAGGGCAGGGUCCGCGCCGCGCUGCGGGCGGGGAGCGCCAUCAGCAUCCAGGUGCGCCUCCAGACCAGGAGGAGCGCGGCGUUCAGGGGAGACGAGAUGUUUGCGGCGCACUGGACGCCGCUCAAGGACGCCAAGGGCGAGGUCUGCUGGUUUGUGUUGUGUUUGGGAGCUAUGCUUGGCGAGUAG